AUGGUAUGGUGGGGGACUACCUGCGUUAUAGGAGUAUACCUCCCUCCCUCGCUGAGCCUGGCCCAGUUUGAGGCCAAGCUCGGCGAGGUAGAGGAGGCGGUGAGGAGCGGCCUCCCCGGGCCGGUCCUCGUGAUGAGCGACUUCAACUCCAAAUCUCGGAGUUGGGGUUGCCCGUCCGAGGAUCGGCGCGGGGAGGCGCUACGAGACUGGGCAGGGUCACUUGAAUUGACCCUGCUCAAUAUUGGGUCUGUUGCCACAUGCGUGAGGCCACAGGGGGAGUCCAUUGUCGAUUUGACAUGGGCCUCCCCUGCGGCUUUGCGCAUGAUGAGAGGGUGGAGGGUGGCCGCUGAGCUCGAGACCCUUUCUGACCACAGGUAUAUUGAGCUCAGCUUGGUCGUCCAACGUCCACCAACUGGGCCGGACAUGCGAGAGGAGCGCAGGUGGUCUCUCACCAAACUAAACCUGGAUCUUCUGAUGGCCUCGAUGCAGGCCUUGCUAUGGGUCUGGGGGAGGACCUCCUGGCGUGGGAAGGAAAGAGUGUGGAGGAGUUGGCGUCGAGGCUUCGCAGUGCUCUCUGGGGAGCCUGCGACGCCUCGAUGCCAAGGGCCAGGAGGAUGUGGGAGGAGGUCGGCGUACUGGUGGACAGAGGAGAUUGCGCAACUCCGCGAUGCCUCGGUCCGGGCCAGGCGCCGACUUCAAAGGUGUCUGAGAAGGAGGGACCGUAGUGAGGCGUGUAUUGAGCGGGCGCAGGAGGAGUGUCGGGAUGCCCGGCACUCCCUUGGCGCUGCCAUCGGGAGGUCUAAGAGGGCUUGGGAGGAACUACUCGCCUCCCUGAACGAGGACCCGUGGGAGCGCCCGUACAGGAUGGUGCUCAGGAAAUUGAGGCCGUGGGUGCCUCCGACCAUGGAGACCCUGCCCCCCGACUUCCUCGGGGAGGUGGUUGAGACUCUCUUCCCCGGGAGAGCCGCGAGUGCAGUGCCUUUCUCCAUCUCGAGCCGUAUGCCCGAGUGA